AUGAACGAAGCGGCCACUGAAGCCCUCAGCCUCUGCACGCUGCCGCCCGAAAGCCUACGUGAGGCGUCACGGCUGGCAGCCGCUGCUUUCGAGACCAGUCCGCCCUAUGUCGCGCUCUGCGGCGACUGCGACCGCGCCUGGCGGCUGCAGUUCUUGCAAUGGUUCUUUGAGCGCAACUUUCGCAUUCGAGCCGCUGGUCCAGUCAACCGGGCGGUGUUUCGCGACGGACGACUUGUCGCCUUUUUCAUGUUCGUCACCCCCAACGUUCCAGACGUCGGCCUGCUCGACAUGCUUCGGACCGGGCUGCUUCAGGCGCCAUUCCUCUUCGGCCCCGGCGUGGUGAAACGGCUCCUCUCGCUCAAGGCCGAGUACGAGCGAGUCGAGCAAGAAAUCAUCGCCGCACACGGCAACGCGCCGGUUUGUCGCCUGGAGCGGAUGGUGGUCCACCCAGACGCACAGGGUAUGGGUAUCGGGAGCUAUGCUCUCGGGCUUGCGCUGAAGGAGGCAGACGCCGCAGGCCUUCCGGUGCUGCUGAGCACGCAGGAGGAGCGGAACGUGAGGUUCUACAGUCGGCUGGGGUUCGAAGUCGUGCGGACAGAUAGCCAUGACGCGUACACGAGCUGGGCGAUGCUCCGACAGCCGGUGCGAUAG